UGCCACACCGUGACAAGCUGGCACCUAAAAAUGUUCGGCGAGCCAACCGCAGCCAGUAGCAGAUAGCUCUCAACUUUUUGCCGCGUACGCUUUGAGGCUCUUCGCUCGUCUCGACAGCAUUCGCCAUGUCGAAGCCCAUUCUACUUUCCAGUUAUCUCAGUUCCUGCGGCUGGCGCGUACGCAUUGUUCUGGAGGUGAAGAAGGUCGACUUCGAAUAUCAUCCCGUGUACUUGUGGCCAGACACUGGCGAACAGCAAAGCGAAAAAUUCAAAACAAUGAAUCCAAUGGGACAGGUUCCAGUUUUACUGGUCGACGGAAAACCCAUCAGCCAAUCGGUGGCCAUUAUGGAAUACUUGGAGGAGAUGUAUCCAGAGCCAAGGAUGCUGCCCACAGAUGCCUACCUCAGAGCUAAGUGUCGAGAGGUCGUAGAGCUCCUUGUUUCCGGAGUGCAGCCUAUUCAAAGCAUUGGCCUGAUCCCUAUCCUCGGCAAGGUGGAAUGGAAGAAAUGGGCCGAGUGCAACAUCACUCGUGGUUUUACCGGUAAGCGGGAUAACCGGCAACUCGACUGCCAUAACUCGGAUGAAAGGCCACAUGUUUUAGAGAAUAUGCACUCACGUCGCUACAGCCGCUUUUUUUAUCCUAAUAUACUUAUCUACCGAACAGUGAAGUUGUGCACUGAACAACAAAGUUGCUAA